CCACAAUCUGACACAUAAUCCAGUCCACCACAAUUAAGAAUAUCAUCGUCGGUGAUAAUAGGCAGUCAGCCUUGUCUUAUUCCUGUACUCACUUUAACUGCCUCGCUGAUUUUUCCGUUCUGGAUCACCUGACACGUAGCAUGCAUUGUGUCAUGCAUUGCCAGCUAUUGAAUGAGGUUGAUAAAGACUUGAGCACUGCAUGCCGUGGUGUUGAAGUAGUUGCCCAAAUUAAUUCUCGGUCAACGCUGUUGAACGCCUUUUUGAAGUCGAUGAAGUUGGGAAUGAGGAGGAUAUUAUGUUAUCUUUUUAUAUUUAGUUUAUGUAAAGGUGUUUGAUUUUUAGUUGGAAUAUAAUAUUGAUUGAAUUUUAGAUUUUCUCGUCGAUUGAUUGGACCGAAGUACUCAGUCUCAGGUUGACAUGUCGGCUUCUUGUGUAGAUGCUUCGAAGAUGUAGCGGCGUGUAGUUAGAAUUUAACUGGUUGAUGGUAACUAGUAGUGGAAUCCAGGAUAACGCGCAUUUCUUCCCAUUCAGGACUCGUCAUCUGGAUGCACCUGCAUUCGCCAGUAAUCUAAGUCAACUGAUCAAUGAAAGGAAACAAUACCAUCAGCGAUUCACGGAGGCUGAAGUUCUACGUAUAUUUGGUGAUGUCUGUGAAGCUGUUUGUCGUCUGCACCACUGUAAAACACCAAUUAUUCAUCGAGAUUUAAAAGUUGAAAAUAUUCUUAUCGAUGAUCGAAGUAAUUUUGUCCUGUGUGAUUUUGGCAGUGCAACAUCACGUGUUCUACAUCCUGGUGUACAUGGUCUUGCUAGAUGUGAAGAUGAAAUUUCUAGGUAUACAACUUUAGCUUAUCGUGCUCCUGAAAUGGUCAGUCUAUCAACAACUAUCCCAUUAGGUCCACAAAUUGAUAUUUGGGCAUUAGGCUGUCUCUUGUACUGUAUAUGCUUUUUUAAUUUACCAUUUGGAGAUAGCGUGCUGGCGAUACAAUCGGGUAAUUUUAGUCUACCUGACAGUUCACCGUAUUCUGAACGAUUACAUAAAUUAAUUGGUUAUAUUCUCUGUGUAGAUGCAUUUAAACGUCCAGAUAUAUUUCAAGUGUGUGCAUUAGCCUUUACACUUGCUAAUCGUAGCAAUCCUGCACAGAAUUUAAAUAACCUUCGAAUUCCCCUUUGGAAGGAUUUGACUGUACCGCCAAGAGAAUCUCAACUCAAAUCAACCAGUAAUCUGCUUAUGUCUUCAGAGUUGAAAUCUGCGAAUAGAUCAUUAUCACCAUCAUCGUCAUCAUCAUCCAGGAGUCGAAACAAAUCCUCACCUGAUCAGAAGCAGUCAACUUCAUCUGUUGUAGAUCAGAGCCAUCCACAUCAGCAACAACAACCGAAUCAGUGUAUUACCAAUACAUCAGUAGUUCCAAGAGAAAGACCUCGACCAAAUUGCUCUAGUCAUCAUCCUCUGCCGCCGCCGCCGGCGCCGCCAUUGCCGCCACAUCCUCCUUCUUCUUUCCCACAUGCUCCAAUAUCAUCGUCUACUGUCAACCCAAUAUUUGUGAAACCGCCAACUUGUUUACCUGUCAGUAAUAAUAAUCAUACUUCAUCUACUGGUAUUGUAGCUAAUUUUACUGACUUACCAGAUUCCAGUGUAAUGCCUCCUACUACAAAUACAAGAUUUCAUGAGGCUUUUAGUCCACCAUCAACAAAUUUAAAUUGGCCAGUUGAGUUUUCUAAUAAUCACUUCAACAAUCAGUCAAAUGAAAUGCCUAUAAAAUGGGACACUGCUGCUACUGCUCCCGUUGCCGCUGGUGGUGGUGGUAGUCAUCAACGAACUCAAAGUUCCGGUUUUGGACAAGCCAGUCAGAUAACCAAUUCAUCGGAGACAAUGAAUCCUUAUUCUUAUGGACAGGAAACAUCGUUGUCUGGUGGUGGUGGUGGACAUCGUCGGUGUCCAAGUGAUACAUCAUCACUUUUAAAGUCAUUUCCAUCAACUAUACGUCAUGCACAAAGUUUAGCAUCUUUAAAUCAAACCUCAAAAUCAUUUGAUUCGAUUGCAUGCAGUAAUCCUUCAGUAAAACCUACAGAUAUCGGCGGUAUACUUCCAAGUGUCAAGCCAAUUGAAACAUCAAUAUCAUCAAAUGCUGUAACUAAUCGAUUAAACCAAUCAAUGUCUGUUGAUGCAUCCACUACUAUUGGUCUGUCUAGCGGGAUAUUUAAUCUUUCCCAUGCGUCAAAUUCAUCUCCGAUACCAUUUUCUUGUUCUUCUGCUUCAACAUACAACACACCUACACAAAAUGUUUGCCCUAAUGAAAUGAUAAGAAUGAUGGCGUUUACCGGUAAGGAUUCUACUACUAUCAAUAUUAAUGCUGUUGCUGAUGAUGAUGAUGAUGACGUACUCUUCGGUGUAGCUUUCGAUGCAAUUCGUGGAGGUGGUUGUGGUUGUCCGGGUGUUGCUACUGCUAACAGUACUAGUCGAUUGUAAAACAGCGAUAUACUUUUCUCUAGGUGACUUCUCAUGUGUUGGAUGUGUGCGUCUGUGUGUAGAUGUGUGCAAAGGCAGGAGUCGAAUGCAUAUCGGUCAUUUAUAGAUAUACAUACCUUCUUUUUUCAAAAGUUUCAAUUACCUCUCUUAUCACAUUCUCUUCUAUAUUGUCGUCUGAUCAUCAUAUUACUACUGAUUUGACAUGAGCGCUAUCCAAAUUCACAGAAAAUAAUUUAAUUAAUUUAAAUUAUUUUAUUUUAAUUAUUUUCUUAAAUUAUCAGCUCUUUUUUUUAUUUAAAAAAAAUGAAUAAUUUAUUACUGAACUGACAAACCAACAAAUACUGAGUUGAUAUCUAUAUACUACUGAUUUCAAAUAUUUAAGUAGUUUGAGAUAUUUUAAAAAACAUUUUCACUUUCAUCCUAUGAAUUCCAAACAGGGACACAUACACACAAACGUGGCCAGUGUUAAUUUCAACAUAAUAACCUAGUGCUUUUACUUCUCUGUUUUAUCUUUAUGAAUUCCUGCUCUCACCUUCGCUGUCCUUUUCUGGGAAGAAUUGUGUGAGAGUGCAACACAACAAACAUACAGUACCAACGAUGCCACAGUUUUAUAGAAUCUCAAUUUCUAUUUAGUUAUCACCCCCUAUUUUAACCUUUCUUGCUCUAUUUUCUAUCUUUAGUAAGAUAUACUAUUUUAUUUGUGAUCUAUUCUGUCUACAAUAUUGCUUUUCUCUAAUAUUUGUUUGUAUUGACACGUUGAAUUUCAUUGUAUCAUAUGGCGUUUUUUUCUUUUAUGAUGCUAUGCUUUUAUUUUCAGUCACUUCUUCCGUAUUCACCAAUGUAUUGAUCAUAUUUCUAUAUAUUCCUUAGUAUUAUUUAAUUUUGAACACUUCAAUGUUUCAAUGAAUGUGUUUUUUCACAUUUCGUGCAUCAUCGGCGUUUUUUUUAACUGGUCAGCUCUGACUUGACCUUGAGUUUGUGCGCGUCUUUUAACUUUUAUUUUAUUUUUCUCACUUUUGUCGAAAUUUUUAAAUGUGAUAUCAUAAUUUUUCUCGGAAUUUUUUUUUAGAUGUAUACAAAUAUUUAUGUGUUUAUGCAUUAUGUUCCUUGAUUUAUUUAUGUGAAUUUGUUUUUUUGUUUUGCUCUCCUAAUUUUCUUGACUUCUUGUUCACAUUUUCAGUUUUGAAAAAAGAAUGAGUUUAGAGAAGUGUAUAGUAGCUGUUGUUUUCUUUCUUUUGGAUGGGAGUGGGUCGUGUAAAUACUAAUAAAGUCAAACGGAAGAAUUGAGUGUUUUAACAGAGAUUUCGUCACCUGUUGGACUUGUCAAGUGGGGGAGGAUUCGAAGACAGUGGUAGAUUUGGUUGAAGAGUAAUAUCCAAAGGACUGAAUGGUAUACGAGCCAGGUUGCCUUGUAACUGGAAGGUCGUGGGUGCGUACUGCUGAUGAUUCACGAACUACGAUGAAAUAGCUGUCCACUACUCCAGCGCUGGUUUUCAAUGGUUCUCUAACUGAUAUCAAUCUGUGGUCGAACUCGUGAAGAGUAAUGUGUUACAGAAUUAAAUCUGACUGCUUUUCUCCCGGGGCCGAAGACAUUCAACAAACCACUACGUGAUAUGCUGUUUCUCGAAUUUCACUUGUUCUCUAAU